CUGCACGUAAAAGAUAUCGGCUGACUCCAAGAUCUUAAUUUAAUACCUUCUUCAUAAUGGUAUCGAAGAAAACUUGAGAAAAUUGCGAAAAAAGUGCACCAACUAACGAGUAAUAUACAGCAGCUCGACACUUCUCUUACACGCCCAGCGGAGUGCUGCGUCACAUGGGCUGCGUUCAUUGGUCGAUACAGCCAGGUGACGUCAUGAACCGCGCUUUGAUUGGUCUAUACCUCGGACCCCAGACACGUGAAUCGUGGCCAAGCAAGCAUGGCUGUUGAUGCGCAGUGGUUAGCACUUGUAAAAUGUUUCUGCCACGCGCUAGAUCGAUCAGGUUAUAACCGUCGUAUAUUAUAAAACGUUGUGAGAUCGUCCGCUGUUAAAAAAUUUACGAGUGCCUCGUGAUUUUCCGUAUGUGUCGCAUGUUUGACAGCAAUAAUAUCGCAAAAAUUCUUGCAAGAAAUUGAUUUCUACCGUGAAAGUGGGUUCCAGCGUGUUUCCAUUGUGACCGGAAUACAGUCGUGGCAUACCUAUUGCCACCCGCGGCUGGCAGCAGCAGAAAAAGAGGAGAGUUGAGACACGAGAACGGGCUCUCGACUUCUUCGUCCUCGGCAGCCGGCGACGGGAAUCGACGGUCCGAUCACAGAGUCUCAAUCUCCCGAAGGAUCUUAAAGAGAAACAGAGCUCGUCGUGGAGCGAACCGGCAACGUCAGGAUGAGCCUGGAAACGUUGCUGGAAGCAGCGCGGUUCGUCGAGCAGCAGGAGAAAAAGAGGGAGCGCCUCGCAAGCAGCUCUUCCUCCUCCUCCGAUCAUCCGCUUGCUGUAGCUCCCCACUCCAACCAUCACAACUCCAACGAGCCACGUGGUGCCAAAUUAAAAAGGGAACGUACAGAACAAGAUGAUUUAUUUUGCGAAGAAAAGAUGCUUAUUAUCGACGGUAAGUGUCAAUAAAAAAAUUUUAAAUUUCGUAUAUAUGUAUUUUUGCAUAAAAUAAUAAUAUGAAAUGACACGAAUUUACGAUGAUUUAGCGCAAUCGGUCGCGUAUUCUUAUAGUCGAGAAGAUCUUAUUUAAUUUUUAACUUUUAUAAAAUUCAUAUAAUAAAGUUUUUUUGCGCUACUUUGAAUCGUACAUAUAUCCACGGUGCGCACAAAUAAGUCGCGUACACCGUUUUAACUAACCAAUCGAUUGUCCUUCCUGUUACGGUGAUCAUGCAUAAUUCACUGAGUUCGAGUAGUUCCACACAGUUGCCUUCGAUUCCUAACCUGUCGAUCAACGAGGAUCCAGUUUCUCUACGUGACGAGGCACCGUGUCUGUCGUUCUUUAAAAUCAACCAUUGCGGUGCCAACGAACACGGAAAAACACGGUGACGGUUACUGAACAGAGAUAAAGGAGCUUGCAUACGAGGAAUACAGCUACGAAGUCAAAUGAUUCAAUCAAAAUGUCGUUAACUCUCUCCAUCCUUUUUUAUAUUUACAACUUUUUUUUUAAGUCAUCGAAUGUAUAAUUUGUCGAUCUAACGAUUUUCUUUCGCUCCGAUUACGUUUCGAAACGCACACGCGACUUCGCGGCGACCGUUUCAAGUUUCAACACGUCGCGGGAUGUAAGUACAAUAUAUACAUAUAUUGAAGAGGGAGACAGAUCGAGAUAGACUGCGUGCCCUCGGGCGACAAGGACAGAGUGUCGCGGGUGACUGGAGGCAGUUCUCGUGCGAACGGAGAUGUCACGGAAAGCGGUAGCGGAGGACCGAGAGGAGAUUGGUCGGCGUCGCUGCCGCCGUCGCCACUGGCGGCGUGCACGGGUCGGCGAGGUGGGGUAAGGGAAUAGGGGAUCGUCAUCCUCAGGUUGGAGGCGGUGGCACUUACGUUUAGACUUCAGUCGGCACCCGCGACUCACGCGGUUAUGAGUUUCCUUCGUUUAUCGAUUUAUCCACGCAAUCGUCCGAUCGGUACAAGUGAUCAUCAAUCAUUAUUUCGUCCGAUCAGUACACAUUUAUACGUCUUACUUAUCGACUGAUGAUCGAUUUACAAAAUCAUUCGAUGACUACAACGCGACAUCGAUUGAUAUGUUAUAGUUUUUUCUAUUUCACUUGAAGAAUAUAUCGUACAAUAUCGAUUCGAUUUGUGAAGUCGUAUAUACAAGAAGUUAGACCGUCUGUUAGAUACGCAAAAAGGUCGCCGGUCGAGGUUGCAGGCACACCGAUAUUCAAGACGCAGCAUUAUCAUUUACAAUUACACAAGUCCGUCGAAUGAGAAAACCACGUUGCGAUUUAGGAUAGUGUCAUAUAUGAUCUACAAUUUUAUAAAUUUUUGUUAAACGUUAUCUCGAAAAAUUGUCCCCGAAGAUAAAUCACAAAAUUUAUUUUAUUAUCACGAUAUUGCCUCGAAGAUAUUGAGACCCGUAUGAUCGAUCAAUAGAAUUGAAGACUAUAUCCAUUUCAUGACAUUUAAAUUUCAUAAAUGCGAAUCUUCAGAACGUUUAAAAGGAUUUCCAUAUUGGAAUUGUGCAUGUCAAGUUUCGAAUGUAUCGAGAUCGAACGUACAAGAGGACUUGUCAGAAGCAACACCACGCACAAAGUAUCGGGAGUGUUUCGAAAGUUCUAAUUUUUUCCUGCCGGUAUAAACAGCGACAUCGUCGUGUUCACUUGUCGUAACCGUUUCCCCUCUCUGUGUGAAACUGUGACGCAGCCCUCUCUCCUUUCCACGCGCUUCGCAUUCCCGGUCGUUUCCACUUCUUUUCGACGGACCACUUGGUUCGACGUGUCCUGGACGACAAUUUUAUCGGUCAUCGAAAGGCUAUGCGUCCACAACGAUUCGACCGUCAGCCAACGACGUCUUUAUCUACCUCGUGCACACGAAUAAUGCUAACGUUUCUUGAGUUUUUUGACGAGAAGACGCGUGUCCCUUAAGGAGAAGCUCAACGACGUGUAAUAAUCGUGUGCAUACCGAUCGAAGUUCCUAUUGAAGAAAGUUCCCAAGUCCUUUAUAUUGGAAAACUAUCGUUAUAAUUACGCCAUACUGUACGAUAUUUCUUUUCGUUCGAUCGUCACACACGAUAUCUAGUUUCUUGGUUAUAAGCAAACGAGAAGAUAUCGAAUAGAAGGAAACACGAUCUUGCCAUUGUCCCGAUCGCAAAUUCAUGGCUUUUUAUGAAAUAUCAUCAACAAUCUGGAAUUAUAGAGUAGAAGAUUACCGAAGAGAAUAGCAAAUGAAUAUAGAAAUUGUUCUUUAGAUGUGUUGAGAAAGGACUUGGAAAAAGAAAAAGAAAUAAUAUUGAGUGUGUGAAAGAAUAUCGGUAGAUCUGUAUAUCUGUAACGGCUAGUACAAGCGUGCGCUCGUUUUUUUCUUCCUUUUCUUCUUUUUCCGUUUCCUCGACGCGUGUUCGUACGACAGAGAGCAACGUGUGUGUGAUCGCGAGUGAUCGUCAAGAACAUGGGAGUUCUGUUGGUAUCGGAUGGCACAGCGGCGGUUCAACCUCGUAUGAAUUUGAACACUGUUAAAGCUGCGGGAGCGCAGCGUGCGAUCGACGUUGGUAACGAGACGAAUAACAAUGUAAACGGCCUGAGAGACGCGAAUAGUCCGAUGCCGACGCAGGUCGUCGGUAUAAUCAACGUGGUCAACGACGAGCCGGUGCGCAGCUGGAUGCCACCUCCACCUAAGAAAAAAUGGAUACGGCAUUAUCUGCUCGACCGUGCGUAAUCCGUUCUGGCACCAGAGAAGUGCAUAACAAAUUGGAGAAAAAUCGAAGGGCGCACCUGAAAGAAUGCUUUGAAUUGUUGAAGAGACAACUUCCAUCACAAGAAGAGAAAAAAUCGUCGAACCUUUCGAUUCUUCAUGCUGCGAUCAGGCAUAUACAUAUGUUAAAAAGGAAGGAACGUGAUUAUGAACAUGAAAUGGAAAGGCUUGCCAGAGAAAAAAUUGCUGCUCAACAGAGAUUGUUAGCUCUGAAAAAAGAACUUGCUGCUACGUGGGAUCAUAUUGAUUUUAAUACUCUUUUACCAGAACAGAAUUCGGUUGCCGAUAUAACGGCUACGAGAAGUGUUUCAGAAAACAUGGAGGUUGAUGUGACUGGACUUGCUCGGGGUGGUACAAGGUAUAGUAGUACCAGCAGUCUGAGCAGUGCAGCCACAGUCAGUUCACCACAGACACUUCAAACCAGUACGACUUCCAAUAUUCACAAUCAAGUUGCCACCGCAGCCGUAGUCUGCCAAACGCAAGGAAUGAAUCUUGCACCAAGUUCUAGGGAAAGUCCACCUGCGAGUUCAAGUCCUGGAUCAUCUGCACCUAGCAUUCCUACUCCAGCACAGGAGAAAGUUAAUACUUCACCAACGGGUAUAGUACAGCAGCCGCACCAGCUGCACUUACCGAUCAACGCUCAGAUAUUGAACACGAGUCAAGGUUUACCAACCAUCGUCCCAACGCUUCAACACAUCGGACCGAGUUUGAGGGUGAUACCCGGUGACACAAGGCAACUUCUGGUUACUCACACAGCUGGCAAUAACGAGUCCAGGCCGCUCACGUUAGCCGUGCAAAACUCGUCGGAUCAAUCGAGGCCGCUCAUUGCCGUGCAAUCGAACACUGGAAGUGAGCCAAGGCCCGUAGCGUUGGUCGUUCACUCGUCCACGGCCAACGACAACAGGGUAACGAUCGUGCAUUCUAAUCUAUCCAACAACGACAGGCCGUUGGCCCUAGCCGUGCAGUCGUCCGCCAAUGACGUCAGGCCAGUUACAUUUGUGCACUCUGCAAACGAGGGAAGGCCGUUAGUUCUUGCUGCGCAUUCUCCUGCAUUGAAUGUGUCGAAUGCUCAAACAAGGAUAAGAGCAGGAGAUGCGCAAACCACGCAUAAAAUGGUUGGUGGUGUGACACUGGUAGGCGGAAAUGGGUCAGAGUUGACCAGACUUCCCGGUGGCGCUGAAUUAAACAUACUCCCUGCAAAUGGAUUGACGCUGAGCCACACAGGAGUGUCGCUUCAAACCACAACAGGUAAACCAGGUUCGACAGUGAUGCAAAACGCUCCGUCCACAGAGGGUAUAGCUCACAUUGUUGGUCCGCACACACCCCUUUCCGGUUUGACACCAAUUGUCACGCCGAUGACCGUUGUUUCGCAAGGAAAUCAAGUGACUGCUCAUAUCCUAGCCCCCUCCAGCCUUGCGGGCAAAAUGAUAACCACCCCAAUUUUAAAAUCUGUGGCACAAAUGCCGAUCGUGAACGCUCAGUAUAUCAAUACAACCACGCUGGUGAAGCCUGUUGUUGUCGUGAGUUCACCGUCAACAUCUACACCACAGUCGACGACAGCUUCCAGUACACAACCUUCCUCGACCACACAUUCGACCGUCUGACAGAAUCAAAAGAAAGUGAAACUAGCUUGAGAAAUGGCUAGAGUUCUGUGUAUCGAAGCACGAAAUUGCGGAGAUUACGGAAUAUCGGUACAGA